GGUGUAUUUAACGCCGGUCCCUCGACCAUCAUGAACAUCCUUUCUUCUUUCUUUCUCCUCAGCCCUCCAGCCAACCCAACAGCUCCUGAGUAUCUCUGACUCUUUGACUUCGGUCGUCCACUCUUUCAAAACCAAACGCCAAUAGCCUUGUGCUUCACGCAAAUACAUUCACUUAAUACCCCCUUCGUUCUUAAACGAAAACCCUUUAUACCCUUCAAAUCAGUCAAAAUGCGCUUCACUGCUGCUGCUGUCAUCCUGGCCGGCUCUGCCGCUGCCCACACCACCCCUGCCGGCUCGACCGUCUACAGCACCGCCUACGAGACCGUCACCUCGUGCGCCCCCACUGUCACCAACUGCCCGGCCUCGUCGACCGUCGUCAGCUCCAGCAUCGCCACCCUGACGCCCUCGACCGUCUACACCACCUCGGUCCAGACCAUCACCUCGUGCGCUCCCACCGUCACCAACUGCCCCGGCAAGCCCUACGUCGUGACCCAGACCAUCCCCGUCUCCACCACCCUCUGCCCGGUGACCGAGACCAAGAGCCACGGCAACGGCACCGCCGGCGUUCCUUCCACCGUCAAGACCGCCACCGUCCCCGGUGUCAAGCCCACCGGCAGCACCCUCCUCCCCGUGCAGCCCCCUACCACUGGUGUCUUCACCCAGGCUCCCCCGGCUGCCUGCCCUACCAAGUCGGUUGAGACCAUCACUUCGGCUGUCACCAUCGUGACCUCGACCGUCAUCUACAAGACCCACGACGUUCCCUGCCCGACCGGCGGCAACGUCCCCCCUACCGGCGGUGUCCCCACCGGAACUGGCAACGUUCCCCUGCCCCCUAAGCCCACCACCCCGGCCACUGCUGGUGCCGCUACCUUCGGUGCCUCGGCCGUCCUGGCUGCUGCCGCCCUUGCCCUCCUGGCUUAAGCGGUUGUCAAUCUAAAGCUUGACUUGAAUUUUUUGUUUCUUGCGAAAUAACCCCAUCCCUGUUACCAAAACAAACAAUCAAGCCUCAGCCUGGGCAAUGUAUCUCAUUUGUCGAUUUUAAAAGCAAAGCCUUGGUGGCUAUGGCGAUCUUUUCAUGUGAAUACUUGGGAUGAUGUCCUAGCUAGCGUUUCAAAUAUGGCAUGGCAAAUAUAUGUACCCUUUUAUAAUCAUAAUCACAUAUCGGGGAACGUCUUGGGGGAGCCUGCAUCUUUUUUGCUGGUGACUCUGGGUGGAACCGUUUUGACAAUACCCCCUUUUUUUGCUUCAAAAGUAGCAUUUCGAAAAUGUGAUGUCUUAGAAAGUUGACCAACUCUGCUAACAACAGAAACAACAACUGACCGUAGCAA